AUGCCAGCUCACCUGCCUAGCAGCACACACAAGAUCCCCCGCCACACUCAUGGGACCUGCAAACUCAACCCCACACGGCUCGCAUGUAUACUUGUCCUCAAUCUGGCACUCCUACUUUCGUACCGCUUCUUUCUGGCGCAACAACAUGGUCGCCAUACACACGUUAUCGAUGCGAGUCAGAGAGUUAUACGCAUUGAAGGGCGAUGGCAGGCCGUACGAUCUUCACUCGGAUUACCCCCUCUUCCAGAGACUGUCACCAUAUCCACCCAUAACCAAAAACAAACGGCACCUUCGUUCAAUCAAAAUAUAUUGCCUACGUACAGCCCUGCCCCCAAGAGGGCGUCAAGAUUCGAUCUCCGGAGAAAACGCUCAGAGGCAGAACUACAAAGAGCACGAUGGCAGACAUCUCCCACCCUUCAUUUCUCCCCAGAUGCUACGCAGGACCUAGCUGUCUCUAUGGACGAAAUAGCAAAAUCUUUCAGAAACAUCGCACUCGCUGAAAAGGAGAUCGCGGGAGAAAGAUUGAGGAUGAUGAGGCUGGAGCGUGGGCUGGGACAUACACGAUCAAGGAGAUGGAGCUCAAGAGUAAUAAAGAAAUCAGAGGAAGGAUAA